CAGAGUCAGCGAGGCGCAAAGACAGCUGGGACGAGCCAACAGUUACACAACAAACCUGCCCGGAGGCUCCCUGACAGGCUCACAAGUCACACACUAGUUUGCUCGGACAACUGUUUAACAUUUGGAUCUUAUGGCUGAGAGUGAGGAUAUCUUCCUCAGGGCUAAACAUCGGACUUUCGGCGGACUGACUGAAGAUGCAGAGCGUGAAUGGACAGGACCGUUUUGCUUCAUCCAGGCUGCGGACCCCCAGCUCGGGCUGAUGAAGGCCUGGAGGGAUGGCGACUGCGACGGUGGAGGGGAUGAAUGGGCCGAAGAGGUCGAGCUCACUAAGCAGGCCGUGGAGGCUGUAAACCAGCUCAGACCCAGGCCGAGGUUCAUGGUGCUGUGUGGCGACCUGGUUCAUGCCAUGCCAGACACUCCAUUCAGAGAGAGUCAGGAGCAAGACCUGAAGGCGGCCUUGAAGGGGACAGAUCCCACCAUCCCGCUGGUGUUUGUCAGUGGGAACCAUGACCUGGGCAACACUCCUACUCCAAGGACACUGGAGCAGUACUGCAGCGCUUGGGGGAACGACUAUUUCAGCUUCUGGGUGGGUGGUGUCUUCUGCCUGGUUCUGAACUCCCAAUUGUUCUAUGAUGCCUCGGCCUGCCCUCAUCUGAAGGAGGCCCAGGAGAUAUGGCUGGAGGAGCAGCUGAGCAGAGCCUCCUCCUCAACGGAACCCAAACCCAAACACAUCCUGGUGUUCCAGCACAUUCCUCUGUACCUAAAGAGCCCAGAUGAGGAGGAUGACUACUUCAACCUGCAGAGGGUAGUCAGGCAAGGCCUGCUGGACAGGUUCAAGAAGGCAGGGGUGAAAGCUGUGUUCUCUGGCCAUUACCACCGAAACGCUGGCGGUUGCCACGGCGGCUUGGACAUGGUCGUGAGCUCUGCCAUCGGAUGCCAGCUCGGCGAGGACACUCAUGGCGUCAGGGUGGUGGUAGUGACCGCCGACAAUGUCAUCCACCGCUACCACAGCCUGGAGCAGCUGAGUGCACAAGGCAUGGACGAGGACCUCAGGAAGCUUCUGCAGGUCUGAAGGCCAAAGGAGGGAAAAAUCACAAACAUGUAGCUUGUUUUUUUUUUUUUUUUUUUGUUUUGUUUUUUUGUACAGUUCAAGCCCCUGUUCUUAGAGGCACACAAGAAGAGGUUUUUGGAGACUGGCAUGUUGGUCAAUUCAUAUCAGCAGAUAAAAAUGUGAGAUAUUAAUUCAGUCAUACAAUAUGUUUCUUGUAAAUCAUUUCUACCAGCAAACAAGUCUUUAAAAAGGGUAAAGUUGACCAAUGGCUCAAUCUCCCAGAAUUCUACGUAUUCAUUAAAGUGAAAAAAAAAUAUGUAUGUUUGACUGAAAAGUGGUCAAUUUAAACCAACACAGACGAGACUACAUGCCAGCCACACAUUAGAAAGUGUACAGAAUCUGGAGCCUUGACUUUAGUUCCUCUCUCUGCUGAAUGUUUUCCUGGGAAAUGAAUCUCUGCCCCCGGCGACCCAACAGGGGCACAUAAAGAUCAUUGAAUGUGUUCUAAAACUGUGUUCUAAGUCAGAUGUUGUCAGUGUAACUUUAAAUGUAUCCAAACUUUUCUAUCGUUAAAGUAAAAUUCCACCCUGAAACACUGAAACCUCAUUGAAAACAGCCCCUGCAGGCAGCCUCUGCAUUUUCUCCCUAUUUCUGCAGAUAACCGUGGCAACAGUGCAAACAGAGAUUCAACAUAAAAGAGGAAACAGAAAGAAGUUCUUGACCAACCGUUGACAGGAAGGCAGACGUGGCUUGUGUGCGAAAUUCACUUAAGCAAUGUUUAAAGGCUUUUGAAAAGCAUCAUGGGAGAUGUAGGAACUCACUAAGGGAUAUAAAAAUAGAUCAGACAGUCUGAGACAAAGUGUGGAUAAGGAAAAGAUAUAUUUCAUUGUCAUCCCAAAAAGUCUAUUGUACUGAAUGUAGCAUGUUUAUGUUAUCUGACAUGUGACAGAAUUAAAGGGUGGAAUUUUCCUUUAAUGAUCCUACAAUAACCAGCUGUUGUAGCUAUUUCUACUAAGCUUGCUGUUGCUACAGUCUGUUGCCUCGUUGGCUAUCCUAUGCAAGCUAUUCACAUUAACAUAUUGUGUGUGUUUUAUAUGUUUAACGUGGUACAGUGUUUAAAAGUGGAGCUGACUGCUGACCUCUGAUCAGAUUAUGAGCUGUCUGUAUAUAGCCUCUUACACUGCCCUUACAGGUAAAAGACAGGAAGCUUUUUUUUUUUACUAUCCAGUAUACAGGGAAAUAUUUCGCAGGGUGACAUCUGUAGCAAUAGUUACACCUGAUCUACUGUUUUAAAAAAAAAAGCCUUUGUUGUGACUCCCUCCACAAUAAAAGCCACCCCA